AUGUCAAAAGAAGCCGAAGCACAGGUCCAGCUGGACAAAUUCAGCUCCAUCUUUUCGCUCGAAGGAAAAGUCGCCGUGGUCACCGGAGGCUCGCGCGGUCUGGGUUUGCACGUCGCCAGCGGGUUUCUGCAGGCUGGGUGCUCCAAAGUAUACAUUUCGUCGCGCAAAGCAGCAGCUUGUGAUGAGGCUGUCGCCGCGCUCAACGCCCUGCCCAACAAGCGGCCCGGUGCGCUGGCCAUUUCUGUGCCCGCGGAUGGCUCCAAGGUAUCAGAACUUGACCGGCUGGCGGCUGAGGUGAAGAAGACGACGGACCACGUCGAUAUUCUCUUUGCGAAUGCGGGCGCUACCUGGGGAGCGACUUUUGACGAGUAUCCGGAACAAGCGUUUAGCAAAGUGAUGGACUUGAAUGUCAAGGGUGUGUUCUACACGGUGCAAAAGUUUGCGCCUCUCCUGGAAGCGCAAGCUACAGUCGAAAACCCAUCUAGAGUCAUCAUCACCGCCUCCGUUGCAGGACUUGGUACUGGCACAACUGGUAAAAACGCAACUUUUGCCUACUCGGCCUCCAAAGCAGCAGCAAUCAGCUUGACCAAGACACUUGCUGUCGAUUUAGGACCACGCCAUAUCCUUACCAACGCUGUCGCCCCCGGGUUUUAUCCGUCCAAGAUGGCUAAUGCUCUGAUAGAGAUUCAGGGUGGCUCGAAAUCACUGGCACAGCAGUCUCCAAACGGUCGACUCGGCCAGCCCGAGGAUAUUGCUGGCUUGGUUGUGUUCUUGUCCAGCAGGGCGAGUGCUCACGUCAACGGUGCCGUUAUCCCUACGGAUGGCGGAAGACUCCUUGCAGCGGAGAGAUUGUAG